AUGACUGUUUGUCCGUGCAAAGAACGUGAUGUUGGUCACCGAUCCAAGCACAAUUCAGUUGCUGCCGCUCGCAUUGCUGAAGUACUAUCCAACGCCGGUUUUAUCAACGAAAAUGCAAACCUAAAUGUGGUCCCUUGCUGUCCCGAUAAACAUUUGCAUGAUGAAAUGCCUGAUCAUACGAAGCACUACGUUAUUUUAUGUAUCUCUAAAGGACUUCUUGAACACACCGCCUGCGUGUUGAACCAAGGCCUUUCAGGAGUUCUAGCGGAUGGGAACAGUGCCGCCCUUGACGUUGCCUCAUUGACUCCUGGUCAAAAGGUCUGGCUUGCUGGUCUCGCUGCACGAAUGGUUAAAUUUAAUAAUGAUCAAAAAGGCGUUCUGAAUGCUCUAUCAUCGUGCAAGAACUACGAUACUGUUAUUCCAAUACCGAAGUGCACUGUUGAGAAACCAUUGCCGUUAUCAGCAGUUACUUUGAAAGAGUGUGAUUCGGCUCUGUUCUGUAUGAAGUCGAAGGAAAUCGUUAAGAAUAUGACUCCACUUCACAAUAUACCUGAACGAAAUGCCGUCUGGUCUUCUUUCCGUAGUCAAUCUGCAUUUUUCCCGGGAGUAGGCCGGCUACGUUGGUAUCUUGGGGAUGCUAUUGGUUUCUACUUUGCCUGGCUACGCAGCUAUUGUCUUUCGCUUAUCUUCCCCUCCAGCGUGGGUCUUCUUACUUGGCUCCUUGUUUCGGUA